GUAACGUUCUUGGUUGUUUGUUGUUGUGUUGUUUUGUAGAGUAAACUGUUUGAAUAAUUUUUGUUCCGUUUAUUACAUAUUGAGCAAAAUUCCAGUGAACACCUAGAAAAUACGAAGUCAAAUUUAUCAUGGCUGAGAACACAAAUGCGGACCGAAGAAAACCGCUGUCAUGAGUGAAACGGACGAUACCGAUGUUUUGCUGUUGAUACCGCCAAAUUUCUUUUUAGUUCCAAGCUCUGGUUCCGAAGACUCGCUACUGGAAUCAUCAAGAACUGUCGUGCAUAAACCACAGUCGUGCACUGCACAAGUUAUUGGAAAGUUGGUGAAUCAAGUUUAUAGUUUGGAAAACAGGUUAGAAAGUUUGGAGUUGAGUACCGCUAGUGACUCUGUGUCGAGCCUCGGGCCGCACUCUCGCCUCAGGACUCUACACCUGUCCGAAAGCUUCGACAGCUCGGACAGAAAAUACUCCACAUUCCCGCGCAGGCGAAGACGGAAGAAUUUAACUAAACACAGGAAGCAGGAUACUUCCUUUACAAGCCUCGAAUCAGUUAGCACUUACGGUAAACAUAUUCCACCAUUGAAAUUUGAAUGCAUAGAAUCAGCCAAACUUCAAGACAGCACAGUAGAUGAAUCACCAAGCAUGGAUGGGGAUUUAAGCAGCAUAGUAUCCACCCCCAACAAAAACAAUGACAAGUUGCUACUGCAUGAAAUAGAUGAGUUUUUAACUAAAGUAGACACAUAUGAAAGUCCUGAUUCUAAGUUGAAGAAGUCAGAAUCUCAUUACAGCCCAGAGAAUGUAAUUAAAGCUGCCGGAGACUACCUCACGCAACAGUUGGAUGCACAAAAUAAUUAUGAGGAAGUUACACUGCCAAGUGGUCGAGUUGUGCCAUCAAGUGUGCUUGAUAAAUAUAUCUAUCUAGUUAAAAAUAAUGCAAUAAGUUCUACCCAGGUUGAUAGGCCUGCUGCAGGCAACCAUAUAUUGCAUGCAAGUGAUACUAAUGUAAUAAAAUCUGAAUCAAAUUCCAAGCCAUGUUAUGAAACAACCAAAAGCUCAGUAGAGUCCAAGUCCCCAAGUGCCCGUAAGCUCACAUUUCCAGACACCCAUAAGGAUGUGCAGCCGACCUCCACCCCAAAAAGGCCUCAAGCUACUAUAAAUUAUCUAGACACCUUCAGGCCAUCCUCCAACAAAAUCUAUGACAGAGCAUCAAAGGUUUUGGAACAGUAUAAAGCUCAGAGUAUGAACAGCCAGACUACCCAGAAUGCCUCUGCCAACACCAGCUAUGCUCUAUCACCUAAAAAAGAAGAGUUCAAAGUGCCAAAAAGACCUAGCAAUGUUGAGAGACAUUACAACUAUGAGAACCAGAGAUCAUUUGACCCUUACAAGCCAAUAGAGAUGAGGGAAGGACCAAAGCUGGGCAUGAUGCAGAGUAAAUUCCUGGACACUAUAGACACAGACUUGCUCAGUUUGACAGACCUGUGGGGGGAGAAGAAAAAUGGAGGGGGCAGAGUAGAUUCAGACAAACUGGAAGAAGAGAGACUAAAAAGAGAGCACUGUGAAGCCCUAAUCCAAGAGCUACAGAAGAAACUGUUGGACCAGCAAGAACGCCUAGCAGUGGCAAUCAAGGUGGACCGAUCAAAAGAUGCCGCCAUCUCAAAGCUGAAGGAAGCGUGGCUCCGACUGACCACCGGCCUCGACCGAGCCGAGGAGCGACACAGGUCUGCUCUGGACAAGAUGAAUAGAGAAGUAGAGAACUUCAAAGUAGUUGCUGAUGAAUCUCAAAAGAAAACUAACCAUUUUGAAGCUGAAUUGUACAAAGCGUUAGAUCUUGCACAUGACUACCAGGAGAAGUGCAAACACCUAGCAAAAGAGAAAGAACAGCUUCAGGAAAAUAUGGAAAAAGCUUUAGCUGGUAAAGACGAGGUUAUUGAUGGCAAGUCAAAAGAAAUUGAGGUUCUGAAAGAGAACUAUGAAGCUGUUAUGAGACUAAAUAAGCAGUCAACUGAAUGUGUUAAGAAUGUGGACGAAGCCUUGGAAAAGGAAAAGCAUGAACAUGAAGCGACGAAAAACAAAAUGGCGGAAUUAUCCAGAAAAUUCCAGACGACUCAGGACGAGACGGAGCUAGUGAGGCAAGAGCGGGACCUGGUGAGAGAGAAGGUGAAUGAGGAGCGAGCGAGAGGGAACAUACUGGAGCGCCAACUCGCUGACAAGCAGAACUUGUGCAGUGAGCUUAUGAAGAAAUCUGACAUGCAAGAUACAGAGAUCAAGUCUCUGCGCAGACAGCUGGAGACUCAAAAGAAUGACCUCAAAAGCUACUACCAGAAGCAGCUCGAAGACGCGGUGCUGGCCAAGCUGCAGGAGUUUCAGGUGCAGCUAGACAGUGCGGAGCGCGACCUGGCGGGCGAGAGCCGCAGCAAGGAGGACGCCAUCGUGCACACCUUCAACAAGCAGAUGGAACGCAUUGAGGAACAGCACAAAUUAGAGAUAAACGUUUUGGAAGAGAAGCACAAGGAAGAGAUAAAACUGUACAGACUGCAACUGGCACAAGCUAGCGAGAAGAUCAGUUUGUUGGAGUCAAAGCUGGACUCCUACCGGCGGCGGCGCGGGCAGAUCGCCAACGAGCUGCACAGUGUAAUGGAGUCACAGUGGCGACAGGCACUACGCAUACUCACGCACGCCUCCACCGCCGACCUCACUAGGAACGACACUGUGUCAACCCCGGACUGCCGAGACUACCCUCCACCGCUACAGAUGUCGUCACUGUCACAGUCAUCAGGACGUGAGCCAGUUGGCAGGGACGCGGGGGGGAGGGUGGCAGGGGGAAGGGACGCGAGAGCCGCGGCCAGGAGAGACCUGUUCGAGGGACUCAGUGAUAAUGAGCUGCAGCAGUAUGUUAAAAUGCUCCUGACGAAGCCAGCCUCGUUUGACGCGAGCAGCGAGACACAGAAAGAUCUAGACUCCUCACAGAAGGAUGUAAACGAAGAACCGACAAGUGAUCGACCCGACAAAGAUAGGAGAGAGAAAAGUAGACGGACUCUGAGUCUGAGUAAACCUCCUUGGAAGUCCUAGUGUCGAAUUGUGAAGCAAUAGUUAUUUAUUUCGCGCCUGCUUUUAAUUAAUGAUACAUGACAAUAGGUAAAAAACACCCUUCUGUGUGGUAUUUUAUGUUUUGACAUCACAGAUUUUAGAUUAUAUUGUCAAUUAAUUGAUUUUGAAUGUUUUAGCAACGUAGAUAAUGCUAGUGCAGUCAGUUAGGUUAUAAGUAAAUAUUUUUUUAUGCAAUAUAAGUAGAUAUACAUAUUUCCGAUUGUAGUAUAAAUGAACUGAUAGGAUUAAGUAUUCAAUUGUAUUUUUAUAACAUCCACAAUAAUAAAUGUGUGUGUGCGUUGAUGAUGGAAUAUUGUAUAUUUUUUAUGUACCUUAUAUAUAAACAUUGACCAAGUUAAAAUAUUUGUAUAACUAAGGGCAUUUCAGUAGAAGUUUAAAUAUUCCCAAUUUAUUUACAGAUUACAUACAAUACAAUACAUACUGAUACAUUCCAAGUUUAUAGUAAAAAUAGGUUUCAAUGUCUUUGGGAUAACAAUGAAUUCUUUUAGAUUCUCAAACAAAAAUUCUUUAUAAAAAAUAAUCUGUGAUACAUAAAACGCUCCCUACUACGGUAGGUAUAUGAAAGGCAGUUUACUGCUUUUACAAUAACUGAAACUUUCCAAUCUUUUUAUAUUCACCAAUGUUUAAACUAUAGACAUACGAUCAGGGGCCCUGUCCCAUUUCGAACGGGAACGGUAAAGGAAAACCCGAGAUACAGGUCAUAGGCCCUCUUAUGAAAUACAACUUGUUUUUAUUCAAUUUAGAAUCUACAAUCAGUCUCCAGACUUGUCAGAUUUGUGCAGAUUUUUAGACUUUUAUUAGAUUACGGCACACGUCGAUUGUGAGUUGUUGUGCUUUACAACACUCGGUAUUCAGAUUUGUAUUUUUACAAUAUUUAAAUAUCUUUAUUUUUUAAUAUAAAAUACU